UUGGAGAUGUGAGCGGUGACUUUUUGGUGUGGGGAUACGAACUUUUCUAUUUGUUUUCACGAAAAGAAGAAGAGAGAGAGAGAGAGAGAGAGAGAGAGUUGGUGCCCGUCUGCCUGCGUGUAUCGUCCUCAGGUCUCCGUUCCAUUGGCCCUUCGGUUUUUCCCUGAACUUGAAGCUAGAGAGAGAAGAAGAAGAUUGAAGCGGAGAUCGAUGGCGAGGGAGAAGAUAAAGAUAAGAAAGAUAGACAAUGCGACGGCAAGACAAGUGACGUUUUCAAAGAGGAGGCGAGGUUUAUUUAAGAAGGCCGAGGAGCUCGCUAUCCUCUGCGAUGCAGAGGUUGGGCUCAUGGUCUUCUCGGCGACCGGAAAGCUCUUUGAUUUCUCAACUUCUAGUAUGAAGGAGAUAAUAGAUAGAUACAACGUGCAUUCGAAGGACCAUACAGCAGUUGAUGUACCAUCACUUGAUUUGCAACUGGAGAAUGGCAGUAUGACAAUACUGAGCAAUCAAGUGGCUGAAGCGACUCACCAGCUAAGAAAUAUGAGGGGUGAGGACCUCCAUGGACUGACACUUCAAGAACUACAACAACUAGAGAAAACCCUUGAAACUGGACUUAGUCGUGUUACGCAAAAGAAGGGUGAACAAAUUCUGGAGCAGAUCAAUCAUCUCCGUAAAAAGGGAGUUCAACUGAUGGAAGAAAAUACUCGGUUGCGUUAUCAGGUUGCAGAAAUGUCGAAGAUGGGGAAACAAGUGGUUGUUGAUCCAGAAAAUGCUUUCCAUGAAGAUGGUCAGUCCUCUGAAUCUGUAACUAAUGUAACUCAUUGCGGGAACCCGUACGAGAACGACGAUACCUCGGAUACAUGUCUCAAAUUAGGGCUUUCAUGCUCAGGCUGGAAAUGAGUGAAGAUCAACGAAGAAAGGAGAAACAGUUCAACUUUAUUAUCUUUGAACCUUUGUAUGAAAGAAUAAUGUUCCUAACUGAUUAAAAAACAAUAAUAGCAAAAUAGUGCAAAUAAAAUUUUACUAUUGAAGGUCGUCAAA